AGUCAGUUUGAACUGGGGAUUGAAAGAGUACACUUCAUAAGUUUAGUUCUGAUUUGAAACUUUUAUAUUAAUAGUAAUUUUAUAAAAAAAGGUUUGAUUUGCUAAAAAAAGUACAAGUGAUACAAUUCAAGGAAAGUUUCGUAUUCCUUUAAUUCUCUCUAGAAACGAAAUCUCAACGAAAGCUCAACCAAAAAAAUGGAAGAGUAUGGCAUACUUAUUCUCAACUCCGAUUGCCUCGUCGAGAUAAUGAAACACAUCAUUCAGGAAUGCGAGUUAAAUAAUGAUGAAGAUAUUUCAAAGUACGAUAAUUUAGUUAACUUUGUGUUGGCCGAUGGUUUUUUGGUGGAAGUUUUGAAGGAGUAUUUUAAACAUAUUUACGAGUUUCUCGAGUCUUCUCUAAAGUGCAGAAUUGUAGUUCUUUUAAUUAAGCUGCGACUCAAUGACUUAUCAAAUAAGUGCUUAUUCUGGAAAUCCCUCCUUCAAGUUAUCAAAAAUACAGAAAACAAUCUACUUUUUGAUGUUGGACUUUCCUUUCUUCUCAAUGAAAACAUAUGUGACCAUAUUCAAGUAACACUUAACAUUGAAGGAACCUCAGAGGGACUUAAACAUGAGGAAAUUAUCAAUAUCAGUAGAGGCGAAAAGGUUCCUGCAGAAGCCUUAGUUGACAUCUGCAUGUCGACUCCCAUGAUGAAAAAGUUGAUGAUUGAAAGCACAGCAAUUAGUGGAGAAUUUUCUAAUGUAACUCCACAUUGCAAAAAUCUUGAGGUGCUAGUAAUUUACAUGGGACCCGAAAGCAGUGUCGAUCAAUAUGCACCGUUUGCCAAACUGCCCAAUUUACAAGACUUAUUUAUUUUAGCAAGAAAACCAAGAGCUCCGUGGAUAUUUUUCAAUGGUUCAAAAAAAUGGAGCAGGUCUGAAAGUCUGAAGCCUUUAAAGAUGAGCAUAGGAGGUUGUUUUACGAAUUCAAGUCGGUCGAUUCAGUUCACAAAUUUUGAUUCAUUUGAGCAAUUGGACAUUUUCGACAAUGAUGAUUCCACCAUAAAUGUUUCUGCGCUAUACAAUUUAAGCGAAAUAUCAGAUGAUUGCAAUUCCAAAGAGGAAUCUCUCAAAACGUUUACCUUAAAGGAAAAUGUCAGUAUUUCAUUUGACAAGAGUGAUGGAAAACUUAACUUUUUAUUAACUCAAGAUAAAUCGGACUUGAGCCAAUUUGAAGUAAUGUGGGAGUUACCUAAUAUAAGGCACUUGCUUAUAAGUAAUGGAGGCAUGAGAAACGAAAACGCGAUGACUAGAUACAAUCCAAUAUCUCUCGGAAAUCUAUUUCGUCCAAAUGCUUCAUCGGCUCUAAGAUCGUUUAUAUUAAACGAUUAUGAACUAGACCAAUUUGGAGCCAAAGAACUUGCGAAAAUAAAAACUAUACGAUAUCUGUUGUGUUCUUUAACCGAUUGGAAGUCGAUCGAAUUCAUAACUCAACUCAAUAACCUCCAGCACGUGGUGAUCGAAGUUCCGCAAUGGUGCGAUACUGCUGCAACCGGAAUUUUGAGUCUGAUGACCAGCAGCCAAGUAAAAUCUGUCGUAUCCUGCAGUGCAUUUCGUUUUAGUUACACAAAGAAGGAACAAAUUCUAGAGGUUCACAUAUCUGCUGGCUGUACGGCCGAUAUGUUAGCUCCCCUCGCCGAACUAAAUCGCAUUACAACUUUGUUGAUCACAGAAGAUCCGAAAUCAAGUUCCAAAGAUGCCCUGAAUGCACUUUUCGAAGCCUUCGCCUCCAAAAAGGCAAGUUGUAUCGAAAAAUUGGAUAUUUCCAAAUUAAAAAUAACUAAAUUUGAAGAUAUUCAUAACAUUACAAAGAUCCAAACCAUUAUAGAACUGAAAUGUUCUUUCUUAAAUUCAAUUGGCAUUGAAAACUUGGCCGAACUAAAUAGUCUCGUGGACUUAAAAAUAAUAAAAACCUGUCUAAAACAAAACUUGUCCGUACUUUUCAAAGAUUUAGCUGAAAAGAAUAAAAUUCAGUGUCUACAAAUCACUCAAAAUCAUCUUUUACCUGAAGAAUUUGUUACGGUUUCCCAAAUAAGAUCACUGAGGAGACUGGAAUGUGGCUUUUUCAACUUGGAAGAUAGACAAGCCUUGUCAAAUCUAGCUAACUCCCGUAUUGAAGAAUUAAAGGUAUUUCCUACAAGAAACCUUCUAAAAUUAUUAUCAGCAUUUGCAUUACCUAGUACAUCAAUUACGCAACUGGAAAUUGUAGACCAUACCCUUCAUAGUUCAGAAAUAGCUGAGAUUUCACAAAUAAAUGGACUAAAAAUACUAUCUGUCUCAUUUUCUGAUUCAAAGACAGCUGCAGAAUUUAAAGAUUAUUUACAAAUUGAAAGGUUUAUACAUGGAGAAUCUUUGGAGUUCCAGUCGCUAACUUCUCUUCAUAAAUUGGAUGUGCAAUUCCGGAUUGGCUCCAAAGAAUGUGCCUACCUGGCUCAACUUGAAUCGUUGGAAUCAUUAAAAUGCUUAUUGUACAAUGAAACAGGACUAGAAGUCCUGGCUAAUGUGAAAAACCUGAAAGAACUAAUUAUUGAAGAAGCAGAGGGUUCACUUUGUGAACUUUAUCGGGCUUUUGCUCCAAAAUAUGACCCAGGUCUACAGAAACUCCAAGCAAGAAUUACAUGUUCUGAUGAGAUUGGUGAAAUAUCGAAAAUUAAAUCCUUGGUAAACCUAAGUAUCAAAACCAAAAAAGGAUUUAAAAAUAUACAAAUAGCAAAGCUAGUUAAACUAACAGAACUUAAAUCAUUAAACAUAGUUGAUUCAAAUUUGGUCUCAAGAUUGGAUACCCAGAGCGCGUUAAUGAUUUUUCAAUCUUGUAAAAAGCUGGAUUUUGUUUCGUUUACAUUUACUACCAUAGCUCAUGACAAAUUAGUAUGCGAAGCUUAUAGCAUUUUGAGAACUGGAAGGGAUUCAAGUCAUCAACCUCCAUUACAACUUACUCUAUCCAAAAAUGAAGAUCACCUGGAGUUCUACGCGGAUGACAUUGAUGAAGCGUACUUACAGGUUUCCUAUGAAAGAUUAUAUUUCAAAAACACUUUGAUGCUCUUUGAUUAAAUGAAUGUUGAAUAACAACAGCUUUUUAUGAUUUUUUUAUAUAGUUUAAUUAAUUUAAAAAGAAAAAAUAAAAACGCGAUUUUUAAAAAAAACCGCCUAA